AUGACGAAGACUACACAGGUUGAGGACUUUGUGGUCACAGAUCGAGGGGGUAUCGUGGAGAACAGACAUGGUGUCCACGCUGCAGUCGUGGAUGCAGAGGGCAAACUACUCUACUCCGUUGGCAAUCCAGCUCGAAUGACACUUGCCCGGUCUGCCGCAAAGCCUGCGCAAGCCCUCGCUAUCCUUGAAACUCCGGGCUUCGAUCGCUUCAAGUUCGAUGAGGCUGAUCUAGGGCUGAUGUGCGCCUCACACAAUAGCGAGGAGAGGCACAUCGCAAGAGCCAGGUCAAUGCUAGCCAAAGUCGGAGCCAACGAAUCUGAUCUCCGUUGUGGUGGGCAUCCUUCAAUCUGUCCAAACGUCAAUCGCACAUGGAUUAAAGCAGACUUCGAACCCACCGGGGUGUACAACAACUGCUCCGGAAAACACGCAGGCAUGCUGGGUGGUGGGCUUGCGCUCGGUGCUGGCUUUUCUGAUUACCACCUAUCCACUCACCCGAUACAGGUGAAAGUGAAGAAGGUUGUGGAGGAUCUCAGCGGGUUGAGUGAGGAAGAAGUUAAAUGGGGCAUCGACGGUUGUAACCUUCCAGCUCCUGGCCUGCCCUUGUCUUCCAUGGGACGCAUUUUCGCCGGUUUUGCCGAAGCCGCUGACACGGCUGCACGCGACUUUGAAUCCGCUUCUGAUCGAACGGCAUACAUGGCGCGUAUAUUCAACGCGAUGGCUAAGCAUCCAGAGAUGGUCGGCGGCGAAGGCCGCUUUUGUACAGUACUAAUGGAGACUUUUGGAGGAGCUCUUAUCGGAAAGGUGGGCGCGGACGGAUGUUAUGGAGUUGGCAUCAGGGAAUCAGAGUACACUAAUCAGCUCGGAGCUGAAGGGGCAGUAGGUAUUGCUGUGAAAAUCGAGGAUGGGAGCCUCGAAAUCCUCUACGCUGUCGUGGCGGAGAUUCUGGAACAGUUACAGGUUGGAACGACUGAAAUGCGAGAAAGACUAGCAGCCUUCCAUCACCUGAAGCGGUUGAAUACCAUGGGAGUUGAGACUGGGCAAGUGUCUCUUGCCUUCAAGGUAAAGAAUAUCUAA